UGAUGACGUGGGAGGUUAAAGGUCGACGCAGCGCAAACAGCAGCACGGAGCUUCACGCUGGGUAGAGGAGCAUGAAGGGAACAUAAACAGCUGUGUGUGUUGUUGUUUUGUUGUGGAAACUUACAAAAGCAAUGCCGGCCACAGCUGCCUUUGAAUAGAAACUGCUUCGCUUGUCAAAGUAUCGGACUGCGAACGGAGACAGGUAGCAGCCGGAUGAAGGAGCGUUCACAGGAUUGACAUCUAAAAAAAUCAAGGAUGGCAGGAGUGUUUGACAUCGACUUGGAGAGUGAGGACAUCAGUGAUCCAGAGGAUGAUGUCUGUGACUUCACUGUGGCAGAACCAGAUAAUGUUCAGACAGAGGAAGUGGAGUUGACCAGUGAAAGUGUCAACAGAGACAGUGAGAGAGUUGGACCUGACUGCUUUGAGCUCCUUACUGUGCUGGGAAAAGGAGCCUAUGGCAAGGUCUUCCAGGUUAGGAAGGUUCAAGGUGCUCAGACAGGGAAAAUCUUUGCCAUGAAGGUUCUGAAAAAGGCUAAGAUUGUGUGUAAUGCCAAAGACACGGCACAUACGCGGGCAGAGCGGGAGAUCCUGGAGACUGUGAGACACCCUUUCAUCGUGGAUCUGCUGUAUGCCUUCCAGACUGGGGGAAAACUCUACCUCAUACUGGAGUGUCUGAGUGGAGGGGAAUUGUUCAUGCAGCUAGAGAAAGAAGGCAUCUUCAUGGAGGACACUGCUUGUUUCUAUCUAGGAGAGAUCACGUUGGCCCUAGGUCACCUCCACUCGAACGGGAUUAUUUACAGAGACCUCAAACCUGAAAACAUCAUGCUUAAUCACCAAGCUGUUGAAGAAGAAUCCAGCCCAAAGACUUGGCUCCAGUAAACCAGACUGUGCUGAUAUCCAGAAACAUCCGUUCUUCAGGCACGUCAACUGGGAUGACCUGCUGAGCAAGAGAGUGGAGCCGCCAUACAAGCCACAGCUGCAAUCGGAUGAGGAUGUGAGCCAGUUUGACACCAGGUUUACCAGGCAGACGCCAGUGGACAGUCCAGACGAUAGCACACUCAGCCACAGCGCAGAGCUCGCCUUUGCUGGUUUCACCUACGUUGCUCCGUCGGUCCUAGAAAGUCUAAAGGAAGGCUUCUCAUUCGAACCCCGAACACGACCUGUACGUCGACACAACAGCAGCCCACGCACACCCAUCAGUCCUCUGAAAUUUUCUUCAGCUGGACCCUUCAAGUGCAGCAUCGACGCAGAGACAGACCUUUUCUCUCCGACCUCUCCGCCAGUAGCUCCAGUUUCUGUGCCACUGGAAAAUGGAACCGCCAGUCAGCCCAUCAGGACGCCCGCGAGGAACAAGAAGCAGAAGGGCCAUCGGAGAUGAGGAGGAUAAUCUUCAAAAAGCCAGCCUACGCUGCAAGACCUUGGUCAGAUUGAUAUUUUUUCUAGCAGACAGUAAGAGCUGAAGUGUUUUGUUUUUGCUGGUAUAAUGCUUUUUUGAAGUGGUUUAACAAAUACAGUUGUACUUGGGGCUUAUGUUCAGGACUUCCUGUUUGCCAUAUAACUAUCUACAGUAAGAUUCACUGGAUCGACAUGGAGUUUUCAUGCUUUUUCUUUAUGAAGACAGUUUGAAUAACUUCAGUUUCAUCAUUUGUCUCAGAUAGUCACUAUAAGCUUUAAUUUACAGCUUCCAUAUGUCUGCACUUAUAUAGCUCACAUUGUGGCACUAAUGCAUGGGAAAUAAUGACUUGUAUAACAGUGUUUUCUACAAAUAGCACUAUAAAGUGGGCAACAGAACCACACUGAAUCCAUCAUGAGGAGUCAAGGUCAGUAAAUGAUGGAUUCAUUGGUAAAUGUGUAAUUUUGUAUGUAGACCCUGGUACAAUUACAGCAAAGGGAAGCUGUGAUAUAAAGUUGUUUGGGUUUAAUUAGUUCAUCAGCUUUUAAUUAGUUCAUCAAAGUUUGUGCAAGGAGGUCGGCUAUCACAGGCUGACAUUUUAAUUAGAGAACUGAUGAAGGAUCACUUCAUUGAAGUCCUGAUUCUUUUCCAUUAAGGUUGAACUGUGAAACUGACCUUCAGCCAUCAGGUUUUCAAGUAACUUUUGACGACGCAAGCUUAAAGUUGUAAGAUUUUGUUCAUGUGUCGGGGUGGGAUUCAUAUCAAAAUCUACUUAAUGAAAUGCUACAUCGCACACAGAAGAUAAUGUAUUUACGAAUGUCAGAUUUUAUCUUUACUGAUUUCUGUAUGAAAGUCCAGCGACAUUCAUCAGUGUUUGUCACUUCUCUGAGAUUUCUGAACAGAGUCUUCAUGUCUACUGCCAAAGCUUUAACACAUCCUAUCCUCAUAUUGUACAAACGGACCAAUCACGCUAUAAUAAUGCAUUUAACAAGAAGGAUAUACUGCACUUAAUAAUUUGGGCGAAUAAAGAGGUAAUCAGUAAUCAUCCUUCAUCAAAAUAGGACCUUACAGUAUGUUCACAUAAACACAUGCGUUCACAUCAACACAUGCAUUCAUAUAGUUAGUACAGUGUACAGUCAAAGCAGGCUGUUAAAGUGGUGCUCUCAGAAAACAAGUUAUAAUCUUGUACAAAAAGAGUAUUUUGGGUUACUGAACAAGCCUAUUUUUACACAUGAAACCUAGGUCAAAUAGUAUUUAAAGAAAUAAUUCAAAUCCAAGAUAUUUUGAAGUGUUUGUCAUUGCCUGACAUACCUGUCAGGAGUGAUGCUUGAUUGAGUCACUGCAGUCAAACACCAAUUCAGCACUAGGAUGAAUCACAGAAAGGUGUGAUGUUCAUUUGAUGCCAAAAUAUUUGUUUUCUUAGAAUAAAUGAUUCAUCAUUCAUGGUUCAUUUGUACCAAAUUCUGGACCGUGUCGCUAUACCUCGCAUUAUUACAGUACAGUUACAAAAAACACAGUUAAGCGUGCAUGAGUCUUAAGGCACUAAAACACAGGCAGCUCUUCAAGACAGCAGAGACAAAAUGAUCUUGAUUGUAAGUGUAAAUAUUAGAAAUUAAUUUAGGGUAACAAAAUAUGACCUAUAAAAAUGAACUAUAAAGCUUUCAAUCAUUGCCUUCAAUCCAGUGAUGUAUAUAUGUAUGUGUGAUGUAUGUACAAUCAGAGGAAACGGAGAUAGGCAAGUACUGAUGGAGUAAAGCUGGGUGGAAACAUCCCACAAAUCGUUGUAAAUUAAAUAAAUAAUGGCUGAAGAAGUUAAUGUGCUUCUAUUUGUCGGCUAAAUCAUCCAUUUGCUUCAGUUCUUGAAAACGCUGCCUGUCUGUCAUUGUCUUUCCUGGGGAAUAAGGACUGUAUUUUACCAAGUGUUCAAUAUCACAUACAUAGAUACCGUAAUGUAAGAAAUAACCAUAUGAAUAUACGCAGACAAAAUACUACUAACUAACUAUGAAAUCAGGAAAAUAAUCCAAAAAACAUCGGGCUACACUAGCAGCAUGGGUCUAGGGAUGGCAGUGUCAGUCUGUCGGUGGCUGAUCGGGUCACUACUUCGGUCGAGACUGAAUUAUCUCAGCAACAUUUGUACAUUCACGGUUUUCAGAGGAUGUAGAACCUCGUAAUGACUUUGGAGAUUCCCUGGCUUUUCCUCUAGCGCCACCAUGAGGUUCACAUUUGGGGUUACUUCUUAUCAUUCAUCAGCUUCAGCUUUACUUUACAGCUGUGCUAAAUUAUUAAAUGUUAGCAUAACUAUAGAUAAACUAAGAUGGCGAACAUCAGCAUGUUAGCACUGUCACUGUGGCCGUACUGAUGUUGCAUUUACCUCAGAGUACGUCACUGAGCUGCUAACGUGGCUGCAGACUGUGGCAUUCAGACAGAAUAUGGUAGCGCUGUGGAAUAAACUAUUGACUAUGGACAUUUUGAAAUUAAAAAACUAAAUUAAGAUAAAAUGACCAGGAAAAAAACUGUGAAAUAAUGUUUGAAAAUAAUGAGCUUAAUUUUAAAGGUCCAGUAGGAUUUAAUGGCAUCUGGUGGUAUAGUUGCAUAUUGCAACUUCCUCACUUCACCCUCCCCUUCCAAGCACAGUGGAGAAGCUACGCGAUCUGUAUAAAAAAUCCAAAUGGCCCUAUUUAAAGCCAGUGUUUGGUUGUUUGUUCUGGGCUACUGUAGAAACAUAGCAGUUCAAUAUGGCGGCCUCUGUGGAAGAAGACCCGCUCCAUUUGUAGAUAAAAAUGUCUCAUUCUGUGGUCAGGAAAACACAAUUUGCAAUUAAGGUGAUUAUACAAUAAUGAAAACAUAGCUAUGAAUAUUAUAUUCCAUUUCUGCCAGUAGAUCCUUCUGAAUG